AUGUCCAGAGUGGAGGCUUUAAGGGACACAAACCUUCGCUCAUUACUGAGGGAGUCGCGCACUGACAUUGCCAUGGCUGUGGACGACCCUUUCCCUCUUGUUUAUGGUUUGGCAGACAAAAACAUCAUCACUGACCAAAUGCUCAAGGACACGCUAGAGAAGGAAAGGAAGGAAGGGAUCCACAAGGCCAUGUACUCGCUCCUGUCCUGGGUCCUGGAACAGAAACGAUCUAUCAUCCAGGCCUUCUGGAGCAAUAUGACCAAGGACUACAACCUGGACAGCUACAGCAAGCUGAAGACACUGUUCUCCAACCUGCACUCCAAACGAGACACUGCAGGUUCCAGAGGUGAGAAGAGAUCCCAGAGAUGUGACAAAACUCCUCACGUGAAGAAGAGGAGCCACGAGGAUAGAGAGACCAGCUCCAGCAAGAUUUCACACUAUCACGCAAAGACAAGCAAUGGUCCAGGGGGUAAAGUGAAGUUAUACAGAGUGAAGAGUGAAGCUCCAGCACCUCAGCUAACAUCUGGAAAUAGUGUGCAGGUAGUGUCCUCCUCAGUCCAGGGAGGAGUCCCCCUCUCCUCCUCCUCCUCCUCCUCCUCCUCUACAGAGCUGCCAGUCAGCCAUGAAGCCAGAGAAAAGAUCCACAUCAAGCAGGUGUUUGGUUCCGACGGGACCAGAAAGUGCAUUAAAGAGGAGACCAGUGCAGCGCUCAAGUCCCAGGCUGCUGAGAGCACAUUUCACCACAAGGGGGAGACAACCACAGGCAUGGUCCAUUACAAUGAUGAUGAGUGUGCAGUGUGUAAGGACGGAGGGGAGCUGCUCUGUUGUGACGGUUGUCCUCGAGCGUUACAUCUGACCUGCCUCGACCCCCCACUCACGUCCAUACCGAGUGGCACCUGGCAGUGUGAGCGGUGCCGUGCAGUGAAAAGAGAGAAAGGCCAGCUUCCUUUACAAGCUCUCACGGCUCAGCCACAGCAAACAAACACCAACUCCUCCAUAGACGUCUCCUUCUUCUCCUCUCUGUCGUCCUCCUCCCUCACAAGUGUCACAGCUUCUGUGAACGGACCCGCUGCCAGAAACCAGUGCUCAGGUCUGGACAGUGUGAGGGAGGUGUGUGGCGUGUGUCACCUCAUGGGAGGAGACCUGACUCAGUGCCUCCAGUGUUUUGGGCGUUUCCAUGCGCACUGUCUCUUCUCCAAAGGGAGAUCCAUCUGCUCGUCCUGCUCCAGACCCUGGGGCAGCUCUGCAGAAAAAGAAGCUGAAUCCAGAGGCUUACAGCCCACCCCAGCGGUCCAACUCAGUUAUGAUCAGAUCACCUCUGCCCCGGAGCCCAUCCUCCAUAAGGAUGAACUGGACUCCAUCCUGGGAGAUCAGGGAUCCAUGGACGGCAUCUUGCAGUGGGCUUUUCACAACAUCUCCCGGCCUCUUCCAGACUCACAAGGGUGUUAUCAGUGACGGGCAGACAUGCGAUCACAGGUGCAGCUAUGAGCUCUCACCGUCUGAAGUAAUAGUGUAAAUCAACAUUGAUGGAGCAAAAAUAAUUGAUUUAAAAUAAGGCUGCACAAUGUAAAUCAAGCCAAAAGAUCAGUAUCAAAUAACUGUUCAAACUCUACAUCUGUAGAGUAAGAGUAAGUACUCAGAUUAUUGUAAUUGUAGUCAUUAUUCAUAAUUCACAGUGUUUUCCUCUAAACCAUUGUCUCUUGGCGUGUGUGAUGACUGGAUUAACCAGUUUCAGGACCAAUCGCAUCCAUUGGAACAUUUGACUUAGUGAAACCAGCUUUGCUAAAAUAACACUUAAUUUAUGUGACUGUGGAAAAUGAUUUAUUAGGAAUAUUCACCUUGUCAGAUAUUGAUAAACUGAAGCUCUGAAAACUACAUUUUGACAAGUAUUGUAGUGAAGUAAUACAAAUUUGUAUUUAAUCAAAAACCUGUGAACCCGGAGCUUCCAAGGAUCUGUCUGUUUCACCUGAUUCAUAAUCCUUGAUGUAAACCUUGUAUCUGCUUUUUGGCUUAAACUUAUUCAUGGAAUAGAAAUAAAUUGCAAAAGUCAACUGACUGUAGAAUAAAUACACUUUUAAUUUGU